GUGGAACGGGGGUCAGAGCUUUGUGGAGGGAAGAAUAACCUGGGGGGGGGGGGCAGGAGAGAAAAAGGAAGAAACCCAGGCAGGCAGGCAGGUGGACACACUGAGGAAAGCCUCUGACGCGUGAGAGCCCCCCAGAAGGAACACACGGCCCCCUGGCCCCCAGGAAGGGAGCACAAUGGAGGCUGCACACUCCAAGACCACAGAAGAAUGUUUGGCCUAUUUUGGGGUGAGUGAAACUACGGGCCUUACCCCGGACCAAGUUAAGCGGCAUCUGGAGAAAUACGGCCACAAUGAGCUCCCUGCUGAGGAAGGGAAGUCCCUGUGGGAGCUGGUGAUAGAGCAGUUUGAAGACCUGCUGGUGCGGAUCCUUCUCCUGGCCGCCUGCAUUUCCUUUGUGCUGGCCUGGUUUGAGGAAGGCGAAGAGACCAUCACUGCCUUUGUUGAACCCUUUGUCAUCCUCUUGAUCCUCAUUGCCAACGCCAUCGUGGGGGUUUGGCAGGAGCGGAAUGCAGAGAAUGCCAUCGAGGCUCUGAAGGAAUAUGAACCCGAGAUGGGGAAGGUCUACCGGGCUGAGCGCAAGGCAGUGCAAAGGAUCAAGGCUCGGGACAUUGUCCCCGGAGACAUCGUGGAGGUGGCUGUGGGGGACAAAGUCCCUGCAGACAUCCGCAUCCUCACCAUCAAGUCCACCACCCUCCGGGUCGACCAGUCCAUCCUGACAGGCGAGUCUGUCUCUGUCAUCAAGCACACAGAACCUGUCCCCGACCCCCGAGCUGUCAACCAGGAUAAGAAGAACAUGCUUUUCUCGGGCACCAACAUUGCAGCCGGCAAGGCCAUCGGCAUCGUGGCCACAACUGGUGUGAGCACUGAGAUUGGGAAGAUCCGUGACCAAAUGGCCGCCACAGAGCAAGACAAGACUCCUCUGCAGCAGAAGCUGGACGAGUUUGGGGAGCAGCUCUCCAAGGUCAUCUCCCUCAUCUGCGUGGCCGUGUGGCUCAUCAACAUCGGCCACUUCAAUGACCCCGUCCAUGGGGGCUCCUGGAUCCGUGGUGCCAUCUACUACUUUAAGAUUGCCGUGGCCCUGGCCGUGGCUGCCAUCCCAGAAGGUCUCCCUGCAGUUAUCACCACCUGCCUGGCCUUGGGCACCCGCCGGAUGGCAAAGAAGAACGCCAUCGUGAGGAGCUUGCCCUCCGUGGAGACUCUGGGCUGCACCUCUGUCAUCUGUUCCGACAAGACGGGCACCCUCACCACCAACCAGAUGUCUGUCUGCAAGAUGUUCAUCAUCGACAAGGUGGAGGGGGACAUCUGCCUUCUGAACGAGUUCUCUAUCACUGGCUCCACUUAUGCUCCAGAGGGAGAGGUCUUGAAGAAUGAUAAGCCAGUCCGGACAGGGCAGUAUGAUGGGCUGGUGGAACUGGCCACCAUUUGUGCCCUCUGCAAUGACUCCUCCUUGGACUUCAAUGAGGCCAAAGGUGUUUAUGAGAAGGUGGGCGAGGCCACCGAGACGGCACUCACCACCCUAGUGGAGAAGAUGAAUGUAUUCAGCACUGAAGUGAGAAACCUCUCAAAGGUGGAGAGGGCCAACGCCUGCAACUCGGUGAUCCGCCAGCUAAUGAAGAAGGAAUUCACCCUGGAGUUCUCCCGGGACAGAAAGUCCAUGUCUGUCUAUUGCUCUCCAGCAAAAUCCCGGGCUGCUGUGGGCAACAAGAUGUUUGUCAAGGGUGCCCCUGAGGGGGUCAUCGAACGCUGUAACUACGUGCGAGUCGGCACCACCCGGGUGCCCAUGUCAGGGCCGGUGAAAGAGAGGAUUCUGUCAGUGAUCAAGGAAUGGGGCACUGGCCGGGACACCCUGCGCUGCCUGGCCCUGGCCACCCGGGACACCCCCCCAAAGCGAGAGGACAUGGUCCUGGAUGACUCUACCAGGUUCAUAGAAUAUGAGACGGACCUGACAUUCGUUGGCGUGGUGGGCAUGCUGGACCCACCCCGCAAGGAGGUCAUGGGGUCUAUCCAGCUGUGCGGAGAUGCUGGCAUCCGAGUGAUCAUGAUUACCGGGGACAACAAGGGCACAGCCAUUGCCAUCUGCCGACGAAUUGGCAUCUUUGGGGAGAACGAGGAUGUGGCCGACCGCGCCUACACGGGCCGGGAGUUCGAUGACCUGCCCCUGACGGAGCAGCGGGAGGCCUGCAGACGCGCCUGCUGCUUCGCCCGCGUGGAGCCCUCCCACAAGUCGAAGAUCGUGGAGUAUCUGCAGUCCUUCGAUGAGAUCACGGCGAUGACAGGUGACGGCGUCAAUGACGCCCCUGCCCUGAAGAAGGCGGAGAUCGGCAUCGCCAUGGGGUCCGGCACUGCCGUGGCCAAGACGGCCUCUGAGAUGGUGCUGGCCGACGACAACUUCUCCACCAUCGUGGCGGCCGUGGAGGAGGGCCGCGCCAUCUACAACAACAUGAAGCAGUUCAUCCGCUACCUCAUCUCCUCCAACGUGGGCGAGGUGGUCUGCAUCUUCCUGACAGCCGCCCUGGGGCUGCCUGAGGCCCUGAUCCCUGUGCAGUUGCUGUGGGUGAACCUGGUGACCGACGGGCUCCCGGCCACAGCCCUGGGCUUCAACCCCCCAGACCUGGACAUCAUGGACCGGCCCCCCCGGAGCCCCAAGGAGCCCCUCAUCAGUGGCUGGCUCUUCUUCCGCUACAUGGCAAUUGGGGCCUACGUGGGUGCAGCCACCGUGGGAGCAGCGGCCUGGUGGUUCAUGUAUGCCGAGGACGGGCCUCACGUCACCUACAGCCAGCUGACUCACUUCAUGAAGUGCGCGGAGCACAACCUCGACUUUGAGGGGGUGGAUUGUGAGGUCUUCGAGGCCCCUGAGCCCAUGACCAUGGCCUUGUCUGUGCUGGUUACCAUCGAGAUGUGCAAUGCUCUCAACAGCCUGUCUGAGAACCAGUCCCUCGUGCGGAUGCCGCCCUGGGUGAACAUAUGGCUCGUGGGCUCCAUCGGCCUCUCCAUGUCCCUCCACUUCCUCAUCCUCUACGUGGACCCUCUGCCGAUGAUCUUCAAGCUGCAGGCCCUGGACCUGGCCCAUUGGCUCAUGGUCCUCAAGAUCUCAUUACCAGUCAUCGGGCUCGACGAAAUCCUCAAGUUCGUUGCUCGGAACUACCUGGAGGGAUAACCCGUUCCCCUCCUCCAUCUCUUUGAACCGUGUCACAGAUCCAGAAGAUGAAAGAAGGAAGUAACCAGUCCCUUUGCCCUCCCUCCCCAACCCUGAUAGAGAUGCAUCUUCAGCCAGAGCUGUAGCACAGCUCCACCCCCACAUCCCUCACUCCCCCCCGACCCCCGACGUUCUUGUUUAUAAACACAGUGUCCCCGUCACGUCUCCUCCCCCCUCAGCAACCCAUCCUCCCUUCUGCCCUUGUAAAACCUCCCCUCCCUGACCCCGUGGGGCUUGCAGGGACAAGGCGACCGAUGGAGCUGAGCUGCUUAUUUAUUGAAAAUAAAUGACAGAAAAAUC